UUUGUAUCAUUAAAAACUAUGUACAGGCCUCUAUUCUGCUUACAGGUCUAUAUGUUUUAUGAAAAGCAUAAGACAUUAAUGAAAUGUUCCUGAGUGACAUGGCAGCUAAUUUCCAAGAUAAUACGACAGCAGAGAGAAAUCUUCAAUAUAUGUAAACAAUUUAUUUAUUUAUUUUUUUUAUAAGUGUAGGCCCACUUUAUUUGUUUAGCAUUUUUUUCUUGUUGUGUAUUUUAAUUUCUAAUAGUUUCUUUUCUCUUUUUCACCUCUUCUAUUCCUACAAAAGUAACAAUAUAUCGUUUUAUUUCCGCAAAUAUCCGUGCUUGAAGUCACGCAGAAGAGUUGUAAAGGUGAGUAGGAGGAGCGGGCGAGCUGCUUGGGGGCGUGGCUUCGUCUCACCUGUGUCAGGUGACAGUUCAAUUUGCUUACAAGUACAACUCCUAAGACUGAUGGCUGUGUUAAGUGACCUGCAACAGAGUUUCUCUUUAUCGCACAACAUAACUUAGCGUUGUUUCUUGUUUGAUGUGUGUUAGUAAAGCAUGACAUUUCAAAGCUGAUCAGAAGAAUUUUCACCCUGAGGAUAAAACUUUUGCUCAUGUAUGAUUCCUGAAACCCCGAGGGAUUCCCUGAAGGAAGAAGCUGGAGUAAGGACAGGUCUGCACGUGGCAUUUGGUGAUGCCAGGUUGUUAGAAGAGAUGUCACUCAAAGCCAGUCACCAUGGAAACACCAGAGUAGGCCCCAGAGGAAGUGAUGAAGACCGAGGAGAGAUGCAAACAUGUAUUGAUAUGAACCACCAAAGUGGUCUCUACCUACAGUCCUCUGAGAUCUGCUUUCCCACGAGAAGCUUUCAGCUACAUGAUGAUUUGAAUGAGAUUUCUAAUGAGUGGUCGUCCAUUGGAGACUUGAGCCAAGAUGAUUCCUUCUCUCUUGAGGGCUGCGUCAAACUGGAGAGAAGGUGGAUGCUGUGGUAUGAAUUCAAGAAGGAACAUUCUUGCUUAGACGACUGGCUUCGAUCAGCUGAGAAAAUAGCAGCGUCCCCGAACUCCAGCCAUGUGCUGUAUGUUACGGCAAAAGAGGAGUUACAAAAGUAUGAGAACCUGCGUGCCGAGGCCAGGAUACGUUUAGCCCAGCUGGACGGCCUGACCCAGAGGAGUCGAAAUCUGGUUGGCCUGUUUAAAGGUACUAUGGGCACACGGCUCGUAGAAAUGACGAAGGACUGCGGACAGCGCUGGGAUCAGCUCAGUAACACGGUGGACACUGUGUGCCGCAGGUUAAAGCAUUUCGUCUGCCAGCGGGAGGAUUUUGAGAGGCAGAGGGAAGAGAUGGCUGUGUGGCUGGCUGAUAUGGACCUCAGGCUGACUGAAGUGGAGCACUUUUCAGGCAAAGACACCUGCUCGAAGAUGCACCAGCUUCAGGGGUUUCAAGAGGCUGUUGGAGAGAGUGCAGGUAGACUGAACGAUUUGCUCCAGCAUGGAGAAGAGCUGAUCCAAAGGAGCGAGCCGGCGGAUGCCCAGGCAAUCGAGAGCCAGCUGCAGGAACUCCUGCUCCACUGUACUCGCGUCUUUCAGGGCCUGGGCCGCCUGCACACACGCCUGCUCAGCAUGAGACUGGUUUUUGAAGAGGACUGGGCUCUGUGUGCCCCUGACUCGGGCUGUCCCUCUGAGAGUAUGCUGGAGGAUGAGUGUUUUGUAGAGCGCACCAUGGCGCCUCAGGCCUGCCUUCCUCAGUCCAGUCAAGAUCACCUGGUUCUGGAGUGGGACCCUUCAGUGGACAUUGGUGGUUCAAUCUCCCGUGAUGACACCGACUCGUCCUCCUUCAGUGCAGCUGCAGGUGUGUCUUGCACAGAUGAACCAGCCAAAUAUCCUCUGAGGAGGAGAGUCUACAUGAGUCCUGUGGACUCGCAUCCAGACAGUGCAUCUGUCAGCGUCAAGCAGCCAGGCGUUGAGAAGAGCUUAGAGCGCACUGCCCCACCCCAGAUGCCAGUGCCAGUCAUCAGAGCUGGCAAGCCUCAGUAUGCCAGACCAUUUAAGACGUCCACACCUGAAACUAGGUCUCCUGAGCCUGUGACCUUUGACCCUGACCGCAUCAGCGCUUGGCUGGGCCAGGCGCAUCAACUUUGUUCUAAAGCCGUCCAGACGGAGCAUGUUUCACAGCCUCGCUCCAGUUUUUCAUCUCUGCUGUCCGGAAAGGAGGAGGAGGGAGUUGAGUGUCAGGAGAACGUGCUCCCCCAGAGACGCCCCCACCUACAGCAAACUUGGCACACGUGCUGCAACCCCCGCCCGUCUCCGUCAUGUGACCUCCAGCAUCACUAUUACCAACGUCACGAAGACCCACAGAGGCAGCAGGAGAGACUUUCUUUACCCGACUCAUUGGAGGACAACACCUGUACAAAGUCGAGUCGUGACCCGAUUAGACCGAAGGCCUCUACUAGCAGCCUAUGGCACAGAGGCACCUGGCUGUUGGGGCUCCUGAGGUUUUUUGACAUGCGGAAGGCCUCAGCAUCACUACUUGUCAUCUUAUUUGCCCUCCUGCUUGCUGUGGUGAUCUGGCCCUUCAUCUCCAUCUACGAGACCUCAUGUCAUCGGUCCAAUACCCUGACCCGCUCAUUUCACCUGGCCCUACAUUACAAAGGACCCCCUCCCACCUGAGGACACAAGCUGCGAUUAUUACAGUAACAGCAAAGAGUUUAAUAAGCACAUAUGGGAGAGAAAUGGAAUUGUUUUCAGGGUUUCCCUUAAAUGUUGUUGUUUUUUUGUUUUUGUUCCAGAAUAUUCAUGAAAGCAUGUGUCACCUGAAAAUGGAAUGGGUCUCAAAGUUUUGCUGUAUAAAGCAUCGGAUUGGUCGUGGGUUAUACAAGAGUAUCUUUAGGAACUGUCCACAUGCUUUAAAUAUGGUUGGACUCAAGGCCAUCAAAGCCUGUGAGUGCAAACCCAUGUAACAAGUGCACUUAAUUCUGCUCUGACACUCAUUUUCUCACAAUGUCAAAGUGAAUAGUAUAAAAUUGGAAUGAUUUGACAGCUCUGGAAGCAUCACUGUUUAUAACAACCUUGUUUACUUGAAUUUUUUUUUUUUUUUUUUUUUUUUUUUGACUGACAGAUUAAGCAUUUGUGGACCAACCAAUUAUUUAUAGGUUUAUUAGAAGCAAAUUAAAAAAAAUAAUAAUUUAAAAAGCAGAUUAUGACUGAAAGGUGUGUGUGUGUGUGUGCGCGCGCUAACAUUUACUUCAAGAAUUUGUUUAAAGAAUAUUGCUGAAAAUGAACAAUUUUGUACAGAGAGAGAAUAAAACUGAACAUUUCAUACUGAGUCACAAUACUUGAUCAAGAACCACUAUAUUGUAAGUUGUUUAUCACUGUAACAUUUUUAAAAUGAGCAUUCUGCACUGUAUUUAAUAUAUUGCAUCAGUCCAAUGAAGCUUUAAAGCAAAUCCUUGUGCACAUCAAGGAUCGGUUUUGCACUGUUAUCCAUUUUUUUAUGACUUCUAAAAUAAAAGAGAUGAGCAAAAACAAGUGGUUGGCUGUGGAUGGUGACAUUGG